GCAAGGCGGUGAUGGCGGCUCGCAGUUUCAUUCCGGACUUCCACUGGACUACAAACUGAAUUUUACCGGUCCGGCGACACUUUGGGGAACUUUUACAAAAGUGUCUCUCUUCGGACGCCGCAGAGACGGACGCGGCCUUGACCCGGUGCCCGUCGACCAGUAUCCUCGCGGCGUUUUGGGGGGUAUUUUCGUCCCGAGUUCAAGGUGGUCACCCUGUCGAGCUAGCGGUAGCUUCGGUGGCUAUCAGCUAAACGAGCUGCUGCGUGUUAAGGUCCAAACGGCAGCAGACGUCGUGCAGAGGCUGGUGUUUUCCAUCCUGCUGGCGUGUCUCUGUUACAACAAUCUGUGUGGUGCUACUCGCUCCACGCUGCGUGCAGAGCCCGGCCUCUUGGUGCUAGCUAGUUUUUGGCGGUUGAAGCUAAAGACGGUUUCAGACUGUUACGUAUCCCCAGGAUCCCUUCCACAGGAGCAGUUUGGCUCUAACACCAACUACCAGCUGAGGAUUGAAGAAGGAGACUCGCUGUGGGGUCUCUGCGUGCUCGUCACCAUGCUGAAGACCCGGCAGUGUCUACUCGGCAUCCGGACUUUCCUCAGCGUUACAUCCAGAAUAUGGGGCUUCAUCAUGUACAUUCUCAGGAAGCACCUCCGAACGAUAAUCCAGUAUCAGACGGUGCGAUACGACAUUCUGCCCCUGUCUCCCAUCUCCAGAAACAGACUCAAUGCAGUAAAGAGGAAGAUCCUGGUUUUGGACUUGGACGAGACCCUGAUCCAUUCUCACCAUGACGGGGUUCUCAGGCCCACAGUGAGACCUGGCACGCCGCCAGACUUUAUCCUUAAAGUCGUCAUUGAUAAACAUCCAGUCAGGUUCUUUGUACAUAAAAGGCCACAUGUUGACUUCUUUUUAGAAGUGGUGAGCCAGUGGUAUGAGCUAGUGGUUUUUACUGCCAGUAUGGAGAUCUACGGCUCAGCGGUUGCAGACAAGCUGGAUAACAACAGGAAUGUCCUGAAGCGCAGAUACUACAGACAGCACUGUACGUUGGAUCUAGGUAGUUAUAUUAAAGACCUGUCUGUAGUACACGAUGACCUGUCCAGUAUUGUUAUCCUGGACAACUCGCCUGGUGCUUAUCGUAGUCAUCCAGACAACGCAAUACCAAUCAAGUCCUGGUUCAGUGACCCUAGUGACACAGCACUUCUUAACUUGCUGCCUAUGCUGGAUGCACUAAGGUUCACCGCUGACGUUCGCUCCGUCCUCAGUCGAAACCUCCACCAGCACCGGCUCUGGUGAUUGGCUGAUUGGAGAGGGGCGUGGCUUGUUGACCAUUCUCUUCCUCUCCGCUGGUCUCCACCUGCCCUCCGCUCCCGCUCAGGCGGCCCACCUGCUCUCUUGUUUGUUUCUGGAGGAGGGUCAAGUCGACCGUCUGACCCUGGAUGAACAGUUAAGGGAUCACAAAAACUACAGGGGAGGGGAGAAGGAGCCAGCUUUGCUUUUUUCCUCUUUCUUAAUUCUUUGCAUUUUUUUCCAAGACAAAACGGAGCCUCUCUGCCUUACAGCUCCUGAUACUGACUGGGCGGCUAUGGAGGCGAGCUUGUGUACGCGAGUUACCGAAUCCUUUUUAAACUUUUUUGUGAGGAACUGGAGACGAGAAAGAAGAAGCAACAAAAACACCUUUACACCUUCCCUCCUUUCAGUCAUCAUCCUGUCCCUUCAGCAGACACCUCACCAAUCUGCUUCACCUCCAUCAAAGCAAACCAGUGUGGGAAAAUGAGAAAAACAAUCGUAAAACCUCAAGGUUGAUUAAUUUAUUCCAAAGGUACUUCUUUAUUCCCCUGCCCAAUGAGAAUGGAUGGAUUUCAUUCAUGUUGAUAGACUUUGCUCGCAACAAAACACCCUCGGGUAGUUUUAUUGUGAAACUUUUUUCUCCUCCCCCCAAAGGCUCCCCAUGAGACUCGGUCAUAAAGAGACUUGUAACGAUAUGUGGACUGCUGUGCUGCCGUUUACAUAUCUGAUUGUUUCUCUGAUACCGUGAUACACAAUGGAAUGAAUUUUGCAUACCGGGACAUUUUCUUCACCUCUUUAUUUUUGAUUUUUGAUGCCAUCCUGAUUACAUCUAAUAGGAAUUGCACUUAAUUUCCCCUUCUCUGUUUUUGUUGCAGAUUGUUCUCUGUUUAACUCAAACUUGCAACCUUCCAUGUUGCGUUCUCACCCCUGAUUGUUUGGGUUUGACUAUAAGACUCCCUCUUAUCUUAAAAUGCCUUUUGAACAACGUCAGUCUCGUUAAAGCUCACAGCGGCUUCUUAUUGGCUCUAUCUCCAUGUUUGUGUUACUAAUAAAACACUCGUCAGUAUCGACCGCUCA